CAAAGGACUUGUAUCCGGUGCAACUGUGGGUGUUUCAGAAACUGGUUGCGUUGGCAAUGGGGCGUAAGAAGAGGAAGCAGCUCAAACCGUGGUGCUGGUACUGCAACCGAGAGUUUGAUGAUGAGAAAAUCUUGAUCCAGCAUCAGAAGGCGAAACACUUCAAGUGUCCGUAUUGUCACAGAAAACUAUUUACUGGACCAGGAUUGUCAAUCCACUGCAACCAGGUGCACAAAGAAAAGUUGGACAAAAUUCCAAAUGCAUUACCAAACAGAACAAGUACUGUCAUUGACAUAUACGGGAUGUCAGGUAUCCCAGAAGUGGACAUUAUAGAACAUGAAAGGCAAAAGUUGGUUUGGAAGGCGAAGAAGAACCACCGAAAAAAUGGUUAGGGAGGAUGAGAGUACUCCGUUCUAUCCCCCACCACCCAUACACCCAGCACUACCAUUCAUGCCUAUGUGUCCACCGGUAGCUCAUUUCAGCCACCUUGGACUUCAUGGUGUUCAUCUUCCUCCGCAUAUGAGUUCGGUCCCCUAUGUGCCACCACCACCGCCUCCUCCUCCUGCAGUUCCCGCACCUCCCCAACCAGCAACUCCAAAUGAUGAGAAGUCCCCCUCCACAACUCCAAAAGCCACUUUCCCAGCGUAUUCAUCUCCAGUGUCCAAUGCAAAGGCGAAUGUGUCCAAAGUACCGAAACCAGCAUCUGGAGCUGCCGGUGUAACAAUUGAACUAGUUCAUCCUGAUGAUGAUUUGUCACUGGAGGAACUAAGAGCUGAGUUGCCGGUGUACAAGCGGAUUUUAGAGAAUGCAACUCAAAAAGCAGUACCUCAGCACCCACCUAUAGGUAUCACAUCAGGAAUAACCACUCCGGGUUUCAUCCCUCAACAUCAAAUUGUCUAUCCUGCGACUGCUCCUCCAGUUUCAACACAGGUGCCAUUUGGUUACGCUCCUGGAUUCAUUCCUCCGCCUGUUUUCGGUAUGCCCGCAAUUCAGCCGCAGAUCACACCUACCCCAGCUCAACUUGCGCAGUGGACGGGAAUGCCUCAGUUGCGGUUUUGAUGCAAGUCAGUCGUUCGUACUUUAAUGCAAAGCUUGUGAUCUGAGCUUUAACUGACUAUUGAUCAUGUGUUGUACAUUUAACUUGCACAAUGUUAUUCGUAAACAAACUUACUUUGCGUUU